AGCCNGAGGCGGGAGCUGCGAGCGGGAGCCCGAAAGCACGAUGCUCGUGGUCCCUGGUGUCCUCGGGUCACCCGGUGUGAGGGCUGCUGCUCCGAGCCAAGGCCUGGCUUCGAGGAGGAUGCCCCAGCUGCCUGCCAGCUCCUUUCUGCACCAUGAGUGAUGAGCGGCGGCCACCUGGCAGCGCUGUGGGCUGGCUGGCAUGCGGAGGCCUCUCCCUGCUGGCCAAUGCCUGGGGUAUCCUCAGUGUGGGUGCCAAACAGAAGAAAUGGAAGCCUCUGGAGUUCCUGCUGUGCACGCUCGCGGCCACCCACAUGCUCAAUGUAGCGGUGCCCAUCGCCACCUACGCUGUGGUGCAGCUGCGGCGGCAGCGCCCUGACUACGAGUGGAACGAGGGCCUCUGCAAGGUCUUCGUCUCCACCUUCUACACCCUCACUCUGGCCACCUGCUUCUCUGUCACCUCCCUGUCCUACCACCGCAUGUGGAUGGUUCGCUGGCCUGUUAACUACAGGCUGAGCAAUGCCAAGAAGCAGGCGGUGCACACGGUCAUGGGCAUCUGGAUGGUGUCCUUCAUCCUGUCAGCCCUGCCUGCUGUCGGCUGGCAUGACACGAGUGAGCGCUUCUAUGCCCACGGCUGCCGCUUCAUCGUGGCUGAGAUCGGCCUGGGCUUUGGGGUCUGCUUCCUGCUGCUGGUGGGAGGCAGCGUGGCCAUGGGCGUGGUCUGCACAGCCAUCACCCUCUUCCAGACGCUGGCUGUGCGGGUGGGGCGCCCGGCGGACCGCCGUGCCUUCACCGUGCCCACCAUUGUAGUAGAGGACGCGCAGGGCAAGCGCCGCUCCUCCAUCGAUGGCUCCGAGCCGGCCAAGACUUCGCUGCAGAUCACGGGCCUGGUGGCCACCAUUGUCUUCAUCUACGACUGCCUCAUGGGCUUCCCCGUGCUGGUGGUGAGCUUCAGCAGCCUGCGGGCAGACGCCUCGGCGCCCUGGAUGGCGCUGUGUGUGCUGUGGUGCUCAGUGACCCAGGCCCUCCUGCUGCCCAUAUUCCUCUGGGCCUGCGACCGCUACCGGGCCGACCUCAAGGCUGUCUGGGAGAAGUGCAUGGCCCUCAUGGCCAACGAUGAGGAUUCCAGCGAUGAUACCAGCCUGGAGGGUGGCGUGCCCCAGGACCUGAUGCUGGAGCGCUCCCUCGACUACAGUUACGGGGGCGACUUCGUGGCCUUGGACAGGAUGGCCAACUACGAGCUGUCCCUGGAGGGGGGCCUGCCUCAGUUCUACCCGCUUGGGCCCUUGCAGGAGGACAAGAUGCAAUACCUGCAGGUCCCGCCCACGCGGCGCUUCUCGCACGAAGACGCGGACCUUUGGGCGGUGGUCCCGCUGCCGGCCUUCCUGCCGCGCUGGGGCUCGGGCGAGGACCUGGCCGCCCUGGUGCAGCCCGCGGGGCCCGACCGGCGCCGCGACAACCGGGUCCCAGCCCCAGAAGAGGCCAGGGAGGAAGAUGUACUGUCUGGCUUCACCUCACCUUCAGAGGUCCCUGUAGUUCCUGCCUGUGGGGUGAACUUGGGGAUGAGUUGGCCACGGGCGAGCAAUGUAGGGGACUGCUGUUCAGCCCAGCCAGCACUGCUGUGCCUUCAAGGACCACCAUGUCAUGAGGUCAUCAGCUAG